AUGUGGUUCGGGCAACUGAAGGCGCUUCUGCUACUGGGCUUCCUGUCCCAUAAUGUUAAUGGCCUCAAGUACGACGAGCAAUAUGUCGACUACAACCUCAACACAAACAAGGAUGCGACAGAUCCUAUAUUUUACAAUGGAACAUGGGAGAAUCACGAGCACUUCCCAUCGCCCAAGAACUGGCGGUUCCCGUUCUACACGAUUAUGCUCGACAGAUUUGUAAAUGGCAACCCGGCCAACGACAACGCCAACGGAACCGUACUCGAGCAGGAUAUCACGGGCACACAGCUGCGAUGGGGCGGUGACAUCGCCGGUCUCGUCGACACGUUGGAUUACCUGCAGGGCAUGGGCAUCAAGGGAAUCUACUUUGGAGGAUCGAUGCUCAUCAACGCGCCAUGGAACUACGACUCUUACUCGCCUUUGGACCACACGCUGUUGGAUAUGCACUUUGGCAACAUUACGGAAUGGAGAGCAGCCAUCGAGGAGAUUCACAGGCGCGACAUGUACAUCCUCUUCGACAACACGAUGGCCACCUUGGGUGACUUGAUCGGCUACAAGGACUACCUCAACACCUCGGCGCCGUUCGAGCCUCAUGAGAUGGAGGUCGUCUACAAGUCUGACAGGCACUAUCUCGACUGGACGUUCCCGACCAAGUACAACGAGACUUGCGAACAUUUCCCCCGUCUCUACCUCGAAGAGGGUCGGGAAGUUCCUCAGGAUGUUUACGACAUGUUCGGAGGCUGCUAUGAUGGUGACUUUGACCAGUUUGGUGACACUGAGGCUUUCGGCGUCUACCCCGAUUACCGACGUCAGUUGACAAAGUUCGCCUCCGUCCAAGACAGACUGAGAGAAUGGGUCCCCGCUGUUAACCAGAAGCUUGCGCACUUCUCUUGCAUGAUGAUCCGGUCGCUGGAUAUCGACGGUUUCCGAUUCGAUAAGGCGCUACAGGUCACGGUCGACGCUCAGGGUGACUUCUCCAAGAAGAUCCGCGAGUGCGCUCGCGACGUGGGCAAGGACAACUUCUUUCUGCCAGGUGAGAUCACAGGUGGUAACACCAUGGGCACCAUCUACAUCGGCCGCGGACGCCUCCCCGAGCAGUGGUUCAAGGACAUCAACACCGCCUUCAACACCACGAACGCGAGCUCCCAGGGCCAGGAUAUCUUUAUCCGCAACGAGGGUCACCAGGCCUUGGAUUCCGCCGCUUUCCACUACUCCUUCUACCGUUUCCUGGUCAUCUUCUUGGGUAUGGACGGUACGGGUGUGGCUGGUUACGAUGUGCCCAGUAACUUUGUCGAGGCGUGGAACGAGGUCCUGCGGUCCAACGACAUGAUCAACGCCAACACCGGCGAGGUCGACCCCCGCCACAUGUUCGGAGCCAUGAACCAGGACACCUUCCGCUGGCCCGCCAUCGAAGUCGGCCACGAGCGCAGUCUGAUGGGCCUGUUCAUCACCACUCUUCACUUGCCCGGCAUUCCCAUGCUCACGUGGGGAGAGGAGCAGGCCUUCUACGUCCUCGACAACACGGCGCAGAACUACAUGUUCGGUCGUCAACCUCUCGCCUCUGCGCCCGCUUGGCAACAGCACGGAUGCUAUUCCAUGCCUGCGACGCUUUACUACCAGAUGCCCCUGUUAAAGGCGCGUGAGGGAUGUCGUGACGACACUGUCUCUUGGGAUCACCGCGACCCCAGUCAUCCCAUCAGGAACAUUCUCAAGCACAUGUACCAUCUGAGAGAGGUAUACCCCGUUCUCACCGAUGGCAUGUGGCUGGAGCAGCUGUCGAACAACACGGAGGAUCUGUACUACCCCGGUAACUCCGGAAUGGCCACCACCACCGGUCUUUUCAGCGUCAUGCGCUACCAGCUCGGUGUCCAGAAUCUCGGCGAGGACCUCGUUCCGGUUUGGUUCUUGUACCACAACCGCAACGUUACCCACACCUACACCGUUGACUGCAGCAAGAAGGAGGAAGCCAUCAUCUCUCCCUUUGAGUCCGGGACCACCGUGAAGAACCUCUUCUUCCCUCACCAGGAGACGGUGCUUGUGAACUCGACCGUGGAGCUCCCGUACGCCAACAACAAGGGCUUCAACGGUUGCUUCAAGAACAUCACCUUGGCCCCCUUCGAAUUCCGUGCCUACGUCCCCAAGGCCGACUUCAAGAACCCUCCCGUCGCCAUCACCAAGUUCGUCCCCGGCCACGACUCCCGCAUCGAGUCCGCCGAACCCUCCAACACCGUCCCCAUUGAGUUCCAGACCUCCGUCAAGAUGGACUGUGACACGUUCAAGGACGCCGUCAGCUUCAAGUCUCACACCGACGACAACAGCGUCCCCUCCAUCGACGAGAGCUCCAUCAAGUGCGAGGACAUUUCCGAGACCAUCUCCAACUGGACGGCUGCCAUGGCCUCCUCUUUCUCCUGGAAGGCCAAUCUGGUUAACGUCAAGCACGGCGUGCACCAGAUCAUUGUCACGAACGCGACGGUGUUUGGCAGCAACUCGACGCUCGGGGCCACCGACAAGUUCCUCUUCCGCAUCGGUGCUCAGGACAACGGCAUCGUGUUCCCCCACACAGCCAACUACUCCACGAGUCUCCUGAGCAAGGACGACAACGGCAACCUCAAGAUCAAGCACACCUCUGCUGGAGCCAGCAUGUUCCGCUACUCGACCAACUUCGAGUCCUCUUGGAGCGACUGGGCCCCCUACGAGACCGAGACCAAGGUCGUCAAGCAACAGUGGAACGGCACCAAGGAGCAGGAAUGGAAGGGCGAGCACGUCGUCGUCCAGUACUACAGCAAGCUCCUCGGAUCCAGCGCGUACAAAGUGCACGCUGACCUCGACUACGACACCCCGCGCCGAAUCCCCCACAUGUUCGCCGUUGGCAAGUUCAACCAGUUCGGCUACGACAGCGGCUUGACCAAGGCUCUGAAGCACGAGAGCGAGUCGCAGUGGUCGUGGCACUACAUGGAUGACUGGCCCAACUACUUCCAGUUCAGCAUCUGGGGCAUGAACCCCGACAAGUUGCCCGAUCAGUCGUUUGUCUACGGUGACGUCGACGGCGAUAACGUCGUCGAGCGUCUGCCUCCCUCGUCGCUGUUCGAGAACGCCGUCAACAUCACGUCCGCUCCUCCUACACCAUACCUGGCCUUCCGCGUCGUUUUGAACGAUGCCACCCUGCAGUACCAGCUCAUCCCCCAGGGUAACAUGUGGGUCCAGUUCAUGCUCUGGCUUCUGCUGUUCAUCGUGCCCGUCCUCACCGGCCUCGCCGCCGUGCAGGCCUUCAAGCGCUCCUUCUACAAGGUCAAGUUCAACGAGCACGGUGCCCACGAGACCUCCAAGUUCGGCAUGAUGGUUCAGAAGACCCGCAACGUCUUCAUGGGCGCCGCUGGCGCCAUCCCCCUCAAGAUGCGCAGCUCGACCGACCUCGUCUCCGCCGCCGCCGCCGCAACUGCCAACAACAAGCGCCGCAGAGUCCUUAUCGCGACCAUGGAGUACAACAUUGACGACUGGAACAUCAAGAUCAAGAUUGGUGGUUUGGGUGUCAUGGCCCAGCUGAUGGGAAAGGCACUCAAGCACCAGGACCUCGUCUGGGUUGUGCCCUGCAUCAUGGACCAAGAGUACGAGAUCAGGGUUCAGUACCACAUUGUGGACAACAUCACCUACGUUUUGCUCGACGCGCCCGUCUUCAGGAAGCAGACCAAGUCUGAGCCCUACCCCCCGCGUAUGGACGACUUGGAGAGUGCCAUUUACUACUCUGCAUGGAACCAAUGUAUCGCCGAGACUUGCAACCGUUUCCCCAUCGACCUGUACCACAUCAACGAUUACCACGGUGCCAUCGCGCCGCUGUAUCUGCUCCCCAAGACUAUUCCGGUUGCUCUGUCUCUCCACAACGCCGAGUUCCAGGGUCUCUGGCCCAUGCGUACGCCCGAGGAGAGCAAGGAAGUCUGCAAGGCAUACAACCUGGACAUUGAUAUCGUCAAGAAGUACGUCCAGUACGGCUCAGUCUUUAACCUGCUCCACGCUGGCGCCAGUUACCUCCGUGUCCACCAGAACGGAUUCGGUGCCGUCGGUGUCUCCCGCAAGUAUGGUGAUCGUUCGUUCGCUCGUUACCCCAUUUUCUGGGGUCUGUCCAAGGUCGGCCAGCUGCCGAACCCCGAUCCUACUGAUACCGCCGACUGGGACAAGAACGACUUCAUGAACCAGCCCAAGAUCGAGGUCGACCCCGCCUACGAGGCCGCCCGUGGUGACCUGAGAAGGCAGGCCCAGGAGUGGGCCGGUCUCAACGUUGAUCCCGAUGCCGAGCUGUUCGUCUUCGUCGGACGUUGGUCUCUGCAGAAGGGCGUGGAUCUUAUUGCUGAUAUCUUCCCUUGGGUCCUGGACAACUACCCCAAGGCCCAGCUGAUCACCAUCGGACCCAUGAUUGAUCUCUACGGACGCUUCGCCGCUCUCAAGCUCGCCAAGCUCAUGGAACUCUACCCCGGCCGCGUGUUCUCCAAGCCCGAGUUCACUGCUCUCCCGCCUUACAUCUUCAGCGGUGCCGAGUUUGCCUUGAUUCCCUCCAGAGACGAGCCUUUCGGUUUGGUCGCUGUCGAGUUCGGUAGAAAGGGAGCUUUGGGUGUCGGUGCUCGCGUCGGUGGUCUCGGUCAAAUGCCCGGAUGGUGGUACACGGUUGAAUCGACCAAGGCUGCCCAUCUUACCAAGCAGUUCAAGCACGCCAUCAAGGACGCUCUCGAGACGGACACCAAGACCAGAGCCAUGAUGCGCGCCUGGUCCGCCAAGCAGCGUUUCCCCGUUGCCGAAUGGCUCGAAAAGCUCGAGAAGCUCCAGGGUGGUGUCAUCAAGGCACACGCGAAAUACGGUAAGAAGGGCGUCAAGAAGGGCAAUGUCCUCGUCAAGCACAGCCGCGCCAGCUCCAUUGCCGACCCUCUCCGCAACGACGUUGAGCUCGUUGACCGCUCUCCCGCGUGGAUGCGCCAGGUGUCCGACUACGACGACGACGCAACCACCCUCCACACCGGUCGCAACACUUCCGGCAUGCAGACUCCCAUGAUGUACAACAGCACCCCUGGCUCGCCCUCCAUGUCCCCUUCACCUGCCUAUGUCGACUCGCCUUACAGCUCCCGCGCGGCCUCGCCGGGACCGUUUGGUCGUGACGUCCAGCAUGGCCGCAAUAUCUCUGGAAACGAGUUCAGCCACGGCCGCAAUUUCUCCGGACACGAAGGUCAUGGCCGCAACUUCUCGCUCCCGGGACCUCAUGGGCAGCAACAGCAUGGCGAUCAGACGCACAGCCGCAACGUUUCUGGUUUCUCCAUGGCCGAUACCCUGCCGCUUCCGCCUCCGGUCACUGGCCUGGGCAUGCAGCAGGACAACUCGUCGCGUGCUUCCAUGCUUAGUGUGGAGGACGUUGUCGGCGACAGACACGACUACAAGCUGCAGCAGGUUGACCCCUUCUUCACUGACUCCAAGGGCGAGUUCUACCAGCACUUUGAGGAGAGACUCAAGAGCCUCAACGCCGGCAACUCCAUCUCCGAUCUUUGCAUUGAGGACUACCUCAUCAAGAGUGAAAAGGAGUGGUUCGACAUGUACCUUGACGCCAGGCUGGGUCGCUCCGCCUCUCCCUCGUCGCCGAGAGGCGCCUCUAGAUCGCGUCCUUCCUCACCCAACGGUUCGAGACUGAGCUUGGGCAUGUUCAAGAACAGGUCGUCUUCUAAGCUGAGCUUGCCUCUCGAGCGCGGCCGCGGCAGACGCUCCGGUCUGAACAACAGCAUGGCCGCCUCUGAUAACAACGCCAACGGCUACAACGACCAGUCGCCCCCCGACUCCCCAGGCUCCUACAACGCGCAGUUCGAUCUCCCCGAAGAUUACAUCCCUCCCACCGGUGUGAAGAAGUACCUCCAGUACCGUCUCGGUGACUGGCCCGUCUACGCGAUGCUUCUGGCACUGAACCAGGUCAUCGCCACCAACUCGUACCAGGUAACCCUUCUCACCGGUGAAGUCGGCCAGACCGCUUCCAAGCUCUACAUCAUCGCCACCAUCUACCUCUGCUCGUCCGUCGUGUGGUACAUCAUGUCGCGUACCAUGCCUCUCCUCUACCCGCUCUCCAUCCCCUACAUCGUCUACGGCAUGGCCUUCCUGAUCCUCGGCUUCUCUCCUUUUGCCUCCGACGACAACACCCAGGUCUGGCUCCAGAACGCCGCCACGGGUCUCUACGCAUUCGCAUCCUCUUCCGGAUCGUUGGCCUUCGCCUUCAACUUUGGUACCGACGGUGGCUCUACCGUUCCCAAGUGGAUCCAGCGUCUCGCCAUCAUCCAGGGCCUCACCCAGCUCUACACCCUCGGCCUUUGGGCGUGGGGUAGCUUGGUCUCCGAUGCCCAGUCCAACAGCUUGCCCAAGCCCACCCUCGCCGGCUCGCCCUACCUUCUCGCUAUCUGCGCGCCUGUUGCCCUCCUUCUCUGGGGCGUCGGUACCGUCCUUUACCUCGGCCUCCCCGACUUCUACCGCGAAAUGCCCGGUCCCAUUCCCCAGCUCUGGCUGACGCUCCUCAAGCGUAAGACCAUCGCCUGGUACCUCAUGGCCGUCUGCAUCCAGAACUACUUCCUCAGCACGCUCUUUGGACGAAACUGGUUCUUCCUCUUCUCGUCCCAGCACGUGCCCGUCUGGAGCAUGGUCGUCCUGGCCCUAUUCUUCUUCAUCAUCGUCUGGGCUCUGGUCCUCUGGGGCCUGGCCAAGGCCAGCGAGAGCCACCCGUGGCUGUUCCCCAUGUUCGCCGUCGGUCUCGGUGCCCCGCGCUGGGCCCAGAUCUGGUGGGGUACCUCGCGGAUCGGUGUCUACAUGCCGUGGGCCGGAAGCGUCGUCGCCGGCGCCGUGCUCAGCCGUAUCCUCUGGCUGUGGCUCGGCGUUCUCGACGGUCUCCAGGGUGCGGGCAUCGGCAUGAUUCUCAUGCUGACGCUGACUCGUGUCCACGUGGCCGCCGCCUGCGUCGGGGCUCAGGUCCUGGGUUCCAUUUUCACCAUGCUCGCACGCGCCACGGCGCCCAACAACGUCGGUCCCUCGACCGUCUUCCCUGACAUCAGUGAAGGCCUCAAUGUGGCCUUUGCCAACGCCUGGUUCUGGGUUGUUUUGUUACUCAACCUGUUCAUUUGCAUCGGUUACUUCAAGUUCUUUAGAAAGGAGCAGGUUAGCAAGCCUUAA